AUGGGUGGCGCCACAACAAGACAAGGAAAUCAAGCCAACACCAACAAAUCUUCGGUCGCCGCAUUCUAUCAACGCGAGCGCAGAUCCGCGUUGAAGCAGAAACUUGGGCACAAUAAAGAUCGCAUACAGACCUUCAAGCAGCACGUCAAAGACAUACUGGAUGAAAUUGAGAUAUACCAUAAGCAUGUACCUCGUGAAGAUUGGAAAGACAUGGAUCAGCUCGCGUCACUGCUCGAGAUGAGAAGACAACACUUGGACGAUUUGUGGGCGACUAGACGACGACUAGAAAGUGAAAUAAAAGAGAUACGAAAAGAAGUUCUACGACAGCUCUUCUGUAAGCUAUGUUCUUGGAUCAAGUUGAAGAAUAUUGGUCGCGUACGUAUGAUGCCCUUCUUACGAAGCGUGCAAGGACAGGAUGAAGCUUCAUCGGGAUGGGUUACGCGCCUAGGUUUGCGCGUGGUUAAGAAAUGA